CCUCUCUCCAUCAGACGGACCGGCCCAGCGGCUGUUAUCACCGCCUGCGUCGUGCGUGUACAUCCUGAGUUUCGCUGAGUUUCCGUUAGUUUAGUCUGUGCAGAAAACCGCAGGAAUGUUCGCGGAUUUAGUUCAGUCAGCUCCUAGCAAACAUGGAGGCUUCUUCCGUCUCAGUGUCAGCGUUACAAGCGUGUGGUGAAAGCUGAGUGUUGGCGCUGUGUCCGGGUCACGUCGUCGCUCACGCCGGACACUUGUGUGGACUUCAACAACAACCACUUCGGCUGGAUUACAGAAAGCUUACAGACAGCAGCAGAGAUGCAGAGAGUGCAAGACUGUGCAAGACACACGCCAGACGCCCCUGGACCUGAAUAUAGCUGUGUGUCCAUGAAGAAUGGCGCUUCAGUGGUGCUUCCGCUUGCUUCAACAGGGUCUGCUGAUGGAAGUAAGGAGGAGGAAAAACCUGAAUCCAGUUGCGUGUACGCCAAGAGUGACUGGUCUAUGGAUCGUCCUAUAAACAUGAAACAUGGAUACAACUCUGAUGAUCGAAGUAAGAAGGAGGAAAAACCUGAACCCAGCUGUGUGUCCGCCAAGAGUGACUGGUCUAUGGAUCGUCCUAUAAACAUGAAACAUGGAUACAACUCUGAUGAUCGAAGUAAGAAGGAGGAAAAACCUGAACCCAGCUGUGUGUCCGCCAAGAGUGACUGGUCUAUGGACCGUCCUAUAAACCUCAAAGAUGGAUAUCACUCUGAUGACCAAAGAGUUGAUCAGGAGAGCGCAGAGGCUCCAGUUGGUCCGUUUGUCCAGCAGCUUCAAACACCCCGAGACUCCAUAUUUACGCUUCUGGAGGAGAACAUUGUAGCUUUUGUGAGGAACGAACUGAAGACAAUCAAGAAGGUUCUGAGUUUAGAUUAUCCAGAAUGCCUAGAGAGUCAGAGGGAGGAUGAGGAGAUGUUGGAUGAUAGUGGGGAGGAUGAUCAAGGGAGAAGCAGCAAAGAGGCAUUCCUGAAGAUCGCACUGCACUUCCUGAGGAGAAUGAAACAGCUGGAGUUGGCUGACUCUCUGGAGAGCAGUUAUCCGGUUUCAGUUUCUUUCCAGCAUAAACUUAAAUCCAACCUGAAGACAAAGUUCCAGUGCGUGUUUGAGGGCAUUGCGAAAGCAGGAAACCCGGCAUUUCUGAAUCAGAUCUACACAGAACUCUACAUCACAGAGGGAGGGACUGGAGAGGUCAAUGAUGAACAUGAGGUCAGACAGAUUGAAACAGCAUCAAGGAAACCAGACAGACCAGAAACAACAAUCAGGCAUGAAGACAUCUUUAAACCUUUACCUGGAAGAGAUGAACCAAUCAGAACAGUGAUGACAAAGGGGGUGGCUGGCAUCGGGAAAACAGUCUUAACACAGAAGUUCACUCUGGACUGGGCUGAAGACAAAGCCAACAAAGACAUACAGUUCACAUUUCCAUUAACUUUCAGAGAGCUGAAUGUCCUGAGAGAUAAAAAGUUCAGCUUAGUGGAACUUGUCCAUUACUUCUUUCCUGAAGCUAAAGAAGCAGGAAUCUGCGAGUUCAAAGACUUCCAAGUUGUGUUCAUCUUUGAUGGUCUGGAUGAGUGUCGACUUCCUCUGGACUUCCACAACACUGAGAUCCUGACUGAUGUUACAAAGUCCACCUCAGUGGAUGUUCUACUGACAAACCUCAUCAAGGGGAAACUGCUUCCCUCUGCUCGCCUCUGGAUAACCACACGACCCGCUGCAGCCAAUCAGAUCCCUCCUCAAUGUGUUGACAUGGUGACAGAGGUCAGGGGGUUCACUGACCCACAGAAGGAGGAGUACUUCAGGAAGAGAUCCAGAGACAAGAAGCAGGCCAACAAAAUCAUCUCCCACAUCAAGACAUCACGAAGUCUCCACAUCAUGUGUCACAUCCCAGUCUUCUGCUGGAUCACUGCUACAGUUCUGGAGGAUGUGUUGAAAACUAAAGAGGAAGGAGAGCUUCCCAAGACCCUGACUGAGAUGUACAUCCACUUCCUGGUGACUCAGUCCAAACAGAAAAACAUAAAGUACGAUGGAGGAACUGAGACAGAUCCACACUGGACUCUAGAAAGCAGGGAGAUGAUUGAGUCUCUGGGAAAACUUGCUUUUGAGCAGCUGCAGAAAGGCAACUUGAUCUUCUAUGAAUCAGACCUGACAGAGUGUGGCAUCGAUAUCAGAGCAGCCUCAGACUCAGGAGUAUUCACCCAGAUCUUUAAAGAGGAGAGAGGGCUCUACCAGGACAAGGUUUACUGCUUUGUCCAUCUGACUGUUCAGGAGUUUCUGGCUGCUCUUCAUGUCCAUCUGACAUUCAUCAAUUCUGGUGUCAACCUAAUGUCAGAGGAACAGUCAACCUCACAGAGCUCUGAGACAAGAAGAGCUGUAUCCCCGGAGAUGCACUUCUACCAGAGUGCUGUGGACAAGGCCUUAGGGAGUCCAAAUGGACACUUGGACUUGUUCCUCCGUUUCCUCCUGGGCCUGUCACUGCAGACCAAUCAGACCCUCCUACGAGGGCUGCUGUCACAGGCAAAAGGCAGCUCAGGGACUAAUCAGGCAACAACCCAGUACCUCAAGAACAAGCUCAAUGAGAAUCCAUCUCCAGAGAAAAGCAUUAAUUUAUUUUACUAUCUGAAUGAGCUUAAGGAUCGCUCUCUAGUGGAAGAGAUCCAACGGUAUCUUAAGUCAGGAAGUCUCUCCAUAGAUAACCUCUCUCCUGCUCAGUGGUCAGCUCUGGUUUUCAUCUUAUUGUGUUCAGAAAAAGAUCUAGAUGUGUUUGACCUGAAGAAAUACUCUGCUUCAGAGGAGGCCCUUCUGAAGCUGCUGCCAGUGGUCAAAGCCUCCAACAAAGCUCUACUGAGUGGCUGUAACCUCUCAGAGAGAAGUUGUAAAGCUCUGUCCUCAGUUCUGAGCUCCCAGUCCUGUAGUCUUAAAGAGCUGGACCUGAGUAACAACAAUCUGCACGAUUCAGGAGUCAAGCUGCUGUCUCUUGGACUGAAGAGCCAACACUGUACACUGGAAACUCUCAGGCUGUCAGGCUGUCUGAUCACAGAGGAAGGCUGUGCUUCUCUGGUCUCAGCUCUGAGCUCCAAUCCUUCCCAUCUGAGAGAGCUGGACCUGAGCUACAAUCAUCCAGGAGACUCAGCAAUCAAAAUGCUGUCUGCUAAACUAGAGGAUCUCCAGAGACUGGACACUCUCAGGCUGGAGCCCGGUGGAGUCCAGUGGCUGAGACCCGCCCUGAAGAAGUAUUCCUGUGAACUCAAAAUCGACACAAACACGGUACACAGAAGGAUCACACUGUCUGACAACAACAGGAGGGUGAUGCAUGUGGAGGAGGAUCAGUCAUAUAACGAUCACCCAGACAGAUUUGAGUGCUUUUCUCAGGUGCUGAGCAGCGAGGGGCUGACUGGUCGCUGUUACUGGGAGGUGGAGUGGAGUGGAGAGGUCUAUGUGUCUGUGACUUACAGAGGAAUCAGAAGGAAAGGAAACAGUGAUGAAUGUGUGUUUGGAAGGAACGAUCAGUCCUGGAGUCUGACCUGCUCUAAUGGUCGUUACUACGUCUGGCACAAUAACAACGGCACGUCCAUCACCACCUCCUCCUUCUCCUCCUCCUCCGACAGAGUAGCGGUGUAUUUGGACUGGCCCGGUGGCACUCUGUCCUACUACAGAGUCUGCUCUGACACACUGAUCCACCUCCACACCUUCAACACCACAUUCACUGAAGCUCUUUAUCCUGGGUUCAGGUUCUAUUCUAACAGGUCUGGUUCAACAGUAUCUCUGUGUUCUCUGUAGAAGGACGAGUAUCAUCCUGUUAGAGAAUCUCUCUCACUGCUUAACAGAUAUUUUGCUUUAACUUUGCGCAUUGUACUUGCUAUAGAAUAAGAACACCAUCAGCCUUUGAAUUGCUUCUCUAUGAACCUCAUUUAAAUUAUUAUUGUGGACUGCUACUGGGGACAACCAAAGACUCGCGUGCCAGACGCAUAAAGCAGUGCCUUGUUCUGUGGACUAAAAUAAAAACGCAGAGAAAAAGA